CGAGGCGGGGCGGGGGGGGGGGCCCGGCGGCUCGGCCGCCAUGGCGGAGCGGGCGGGACGCUGAGGCGGCGGCGGCGGCGGCGGUGGGGGCCAUGCUGGCCGGCUGGCUGGGCCGGGGGGCCUGGGGCGUCCUGAAGGGAGGCCGGCGGGCCUGGGGAGGCCCCGCUCCGCCCUGCCGCUCGGGCCUCCUCCCUCCGCGCUGCCGCCCCUUCCCCCCGCUCCUGCUCCCGGGGCCCGGACGUUGUGCGCAAGGUGCGAGCGCCGAUCGGGACGGACGCGGCCCCGAACCCCGACGGGCGCCCGCACAGACCGCUUUUAACUUGUAUGAAAAUCCGUGGACAAUCCCAAAUUUCUUAUCACUGGCAAGAAUUGGGUUGGCCCCGGUUCUGGGCUAUUUGAUUAUUGAAGAAGACUUUAAUGUGGCACUAGGAGUUUUUGCUUUAGCUGGAAUAACGGAUUUGCUGGAUGGAUUUAUUGCUAGAAAUUGGGCCAAUCAGAAAUCUGCUUUGGGAAGUGCCCUUGACCCGCUUGCUGAUAAAAUACUUAUCAGUAUCCUCUAUGUCAGCCUGACUUGUGCAGAUCUUAUUCCAGUUCCACUCACAUACAUGAUUAUUUCAAGAGACAUCGUCUUAAUUGCUGCCGUAUUUUAUAUCAGAUACAGAACUCUGUCACCACCACGAACACUUUCUAGAUACUUCAAUCCCUGCUAUGCCACUGCUAGGUUAAAACCAACAUUCAUCAGCAAGGUGAACACAGCAGUUCAGUUAAUCCUAGUGGCAGCAUCUUUAGCAGCUCCAGUUUUCAAUUAUGUUGACAGCAUUUAUCUCCAGAUACUUUGGUGCAUUACAGCUUUCACCACAACUGCAUCAGCCUACAGUUAUUAUCAUUAUGGCCGGAAAACCGUGCAGGUAAUCAAGAGCCUCCAGCGUGAUUAGCAGGGAAACAGAAGGACACUGUAGACCGGCUUUGGUGCAAACAAUCUGACAGCUCAUUCUUCUGGGGUUUGGUUUGGAAAGGACUUGUCAAUUUAAACCAUGCAUCCAAACGAAGUUCAAUCAUGUUGUAUAUAUGGAAUUUCCCUUGUAUUUUCAAACAAAUUGCAAAUAAAUAGUGAUGUAGAAUUCUAUAAGUUUCUUAAUGUUGUUUACAAUCCAGCUACUCUUGACAGCUUAGUAUUUUUUCAUUGUAUUUGAGGCAUCUCAGAGAAAUUAAAUCUUUGUCCAAAUCCUCUUUUAUAAUAGUAGAAUUUGGAUGGGUAAAGCACCUUAUUAAGAGGUCAGUGAAAGUUAAGGAAAAUUACAAAGACAGAGGCUGUGCAUCCUCUACUUAGCUUGAACCACCAAUUUUGUCUUCCACAACUCUGACCGCUAACAUAAUUCAGUUCACCUAACGAUGUCAAAAGUAAUUGAUUUAUGCUUCAACCUCUGUUGACCUGAUUAAUGUUGAAUUUAUUUUAUAAAGAGUUUCUAAAAUUAAAUGUUGAGUUAAAGAAAAUCAAGCACAAAAUGGCAUGUAUGGUUAACGAAGUCUUCCAAAGUCAGCGGCCUCAAAUUUAUAUACAGGAGUAAUGAGUAACAGAAUUAUGCUUGGGUCUGAGGACCUGUUCACAUUCUACUUAGUGAUGGAAAUGGUAAAAUUAUAUAUUUUGUCCCCAUUGUGUUUCUGUAAAGUCAUGUGAUAUUAUACCAGCUUGUCCAUGGGAAAGACUCUAAAAAAUUCCUGGAAAGUGUCUCAACUUUACCAGUAUUUCCAUUUCCAGGAGAAGAUGUUUAACUCUAGGCGAGCAUUUUAGUUGGUGAAAUACAUGACUGUAUUUCACUGGGGAAAGGGAGCUAGGCCACAUUCUUGGUCAGUUUUGUCAAGGAAAAUGGUAUCUCUAGUUAUGAAGGUUCCAUGGUUCACCAAUCAGCAGUCAUUUAUGUUUUCCCUAUAGGAUCAAAAAUAUAAAAUCUUAGUCUUGAUCUUCCUAGAUAUGAGCUCUAUUUCUCAUAUCUGAAGUUUAAGGUGCUUCAGAUUGGGCCACUAUUAUCAUUUUCCCAUUUAAACAGACUAGGGAUUAAUGCUGAUGUGUUAAAAAGUUCGAAGUCCCGACUGCUGUUUGAAAUUCAGUUAUGUUUUGGGCUGAAAGCAUGCUUAUUUAAAGGUGUUUUAUGGAAUUAGAAAAAUUUGUUACCUUCUGGUAGUCUUAUUUUGUCAACACUUUUGGAAAGGAAGAUGGAAUAUUUGGUAACUGGAAUUCACUGGUCUGCCUAGCUGAUUUCAUUUCUUUCUGCUUAGGUAUUUAAAACUUUCUGUUUGGAAAGUGUAUUUUUUUUUUAAAUGCUGCCAUAUAGAUCAUGAACAGAGAAGCCAGGUUCUCAGGCUGGUUGAAGUGACCCAUUAGUGGGAUACUAUGUUCCAGCUCUUUGUAAUUUAUCUGUUGAGUUUUUUAAUAAAGUUAUUAAAAAGCUGUGAUCAGUUAAA